AUGGAAAUGGAAGAAACAGUGACUCCAAACUUGACGGCGGAGGCACAAAAUCAGACCUCAGUGACCGAGUUUAUCCUGGUGGGCCUCUCUAAUGACCCCAAGACACAGCUGGUCCUCUUUGUGGUCUUCCUGGUUCUCUACCUGAUGACACUGGCGGGCAACUUCCUCAUUGUGGUCACCAUCAUUCAUGACCAAGCUCUUCACACGCCCAUGUACUUCUUCCUGAGCAACCUCUCCUUCAUUGAUAUCUGUCACUCCACAGUGACUGUGCCCAAGAUGCUGGCUGACUUCCUCUCCACCGAGAAGACCAUCUCCUUCGGAGGCUGUGUGGCCCAGAUGUUCUUCCUCCACCUCUUUGCCUGCACGGAGAUCUUCCUCCUCACCGUCAUGGCCUACGACCGCUACGUGGCCAUCUGCAAUCCGAUGCACUACCUGACAGUCAUGAGCCACAAAGUCUGCCUCUCAUUGGCUGGGGCGAUCUGGCUGGGUGGUACGGUCCACUCCCUUGCUUUAAUAGGUAUGACCAUCAAGCUACCCUACUGCGGCCCGCAAGAGGUCGACAACUUCUUCUGUGACGUCCCUCCAGUCAUCAAGCUGGCGUGCACCAACACUUACGUCAUCGAAGUCCUCAUUGUUUCCAACUCGGGGCUGAUCUCCGUGGUCUGCUUCGUCGUCCUGGUGGUCUCUUACGGCGUCAUCUUGGUCUCCCUUCGCAACCGCUUCGCAGAAGGGCGGCGCAAGGCGCUCUCCACGUGCGCGGCGCACCUCACGCUGUGA